GAGUGGGCUGCAAGUCAAAUUAGCUCUCCGUCAUCCUGCUCGCUGAGCGCACCCGAGGCUACUGCGGUAAGAUGCGGCGACGCACGACGCCGAGCCGCGGUGGAUGAGAGGAUGCGCAAUGGCCGAGCGAGCGGAGAGAGACACCGAGGACAGAUUGAGUCGUGAUGCCCGGCUCUGAUUCACACGAUGGGACAGACCUGGACGCGCGUUUGACGGAUCUGUAGCGCUUGUAGCUCCGGUGGUGCAGGCCGAGCGGAGGGAUGUGGUGGCGCUGAUCCCGGUGAAGGAUGCUCAGGAGCCCGAGGAGGGUUGAAUAGGCUUCUGCUGUAAACAACCAGGAAGCAGCGAGGCGCUCAGUAGAGGACACCUGGACUGGCAGCGAGUGAGGUUGUUUUGUGACGGCUGAGUCAGUCCUCAGCGCCAACAGGGAGGGCGGCGAAGCUCUGAAGACGUCGCCGCCGAGCAGAAGAAAACAAACUUCUCAUUAUCGUCUCUGUUGGCGGUUCUGACAAGCGGCACGUCUGACCCGGGCGUCUGAUUUGUUCUUCAGGAUACUCUCAAAGUUACGGACGAUAAAGAGAAACAGAAGCACAACUUCAGCUCGCCGUCAGGAACACAACUGAUUCUGCUUCUUGUUUUUAUUUUAUUUUCUGUUCAAAAACCUCAGAUGCCGCCAGAAUGAACUGUUAAAACGAGAUUAGCAGGAGAGUCAGCUCUCUCUUGCAGGGUCGAGUGAAUAUUUUCUCAUUUGUCGGACAGAAUUAGUAAGAUUUCAUCGAUUUCAUAAUGCCUAGUGUAUUUUUUCCUGACUAUGAUAUUUUUACCUGUGAGCUGCUGCGCUCUGAAUCGAGAAUAGACUCUUGAUGGUGUCGGCGUGCCCUCUCACCUGACAGGCUGCGUUUUGAUAAAACAUAAAUGAGGCCAACAACCAGCACCAUGCUCCAGCAGAACAACAACAACAACUACCCCUGUCUGAACGUUUCAGGCUCCACCCGGGAGAUGCUCCAGAAGUGCUCCAGGGCCUCGCUGCCCUUCCCCAGCCGACUGGAACUGGGUCUGGGUGACCUGCCCCUGAUCCGGGGGCUCCGGGCCUGGGCCCUGUGCUCCAAGAACCGCCGGAAGGCCGGUGGUCUUCUUGGAGGAGGACAAGCUCCCAUAGCUCCUCCUGCAGGCCGUGGAGGGUUGACUUCCUGCCCGAGGCCUGCGGAUGUGUACCUGAGUGGGGAGUGGGGUCGGAUGGGGUACGGGCUUCCUUUGGGGCUGGACGCUGGGCAGGCUGGGAUUGGAGCUUUAGUGACAGUCGCCACUCUGAAGACCUCAGAGGGCAGCGGGAAGACGCAAACUCAGUGCCUCUUCCUCCGGACUGAGAAAGGGAGUUGUCUGUACUCGACAGCUAAGCCAGGUUCUGGUGCAGCCUCCAGUGUGGUUGGAGGAUGGCUGAGAGGGAAGACAGGAGGUGGGGGAGGAGGAAGCAGAGACACCCCGGCAGGGAGGAGGGAUCAUGGGACAGCUCCUCCAGCACAGACCGGAGCAAACCGGGUUAGAGUGCGAUCUGGCCGGAGAUGGAGGAAGUCCUGCAACGCAGCAGGCCGGGAGAAAGCAGGCGUGAGCAGAGAGAGGCAGCACAGCAGCAGGGAGGAUCCUGCUGGAGAAAUCACUCUGGAAGAAAGGCAGGAAGAGCGAGACAAAGGAGGCCUGGACAGUAAACAGCUCCCCAGCCCACAGCAGGACAUCAGGAAAGCCAGGCAGGAGAAAGAGGGAGCACUCAGAAGUCCCAGAUGCUGCCACAAUGCUUCUCCCAAAACCUGCACUCAGUGUGGAAAGAGAGCAUUGAGGAGGGGAAGCCAGGAUGAACACGACGGAGGUGAAAGUCCAAGAAGAGGAGUUCAAAACAGGCUGAACUGUGAGCUGAGGGGAAUGAGGAAGGAGACGCAAAAGAAUGAGGAGGAGGAGGUGGAGGAGAAGGGAGGCCAUCGCAGUUUAGAGUUGGAGACCUCUAACUCUGUGUUGGCUCCACCAAACUCUGACCCAGAAUCAAACCACUUUCAUGCAGAGUCCCACAGCGGCCAUGAUGUCGAAGUGGAGAGCAAUGAGCCGAGGACACAGACCUCCCACAGCAAGGACGACUGUUCAGAGAAAGAGGAGGAGGAUACAAACUGCAGCCUCUCUGAGCUGGAUACAUCAAGACAUAACAGAGACUUCGGUGACAGAAAACCAAAAGAAAAUCUCUUUGAGGAAACUGAAGCGACUGUAAAUGGAUUUUCUGUUCAUGUGGAGGAGCAUCAAGAACCCGACAAAGGAUCGAGGGUGGAUGUCGAAGAGGAGGAAGGGGGCAUCAGUCAGCCUCCUGACGAAGUCUCGGUGGUAUCCAACUGUUGCGAGGACGUCUCUGCCUCCACCUGCCCGGCCUCCAUCAGCACCGCAAUCUCUCCCGAUCCCUCCACUCCUGCAGAGGGCAGCACCUGCACUGCUGACCUCGAGAUCUGUGGUGAUUUGAGAGAGCAAGAGAACAGCAACGAGUAUCACCUUGAGGGAUGUCAACAAGGGGCAUCAGGCUGCAAGAUCAUGGGCAAAGAAGAACCGGAUGUUGGUGGAUUUAAGCAACAAGAAGCAACCUGCGUGGCUGACGAGGACAACACUGUGAACGAAGACAGAAAACCUCUGAUUGUCUUUGAAAAUGUGAAAAACGGCUUCCAGCUAGAGGUGAGAGAUGCUUCACCUCUUAGACACGGCGGUCCGGCCGUCUUUGAGAAAGAUGAGGGAAUUGUAACAGGAAACUGUUGCAACCAUCGUACGACUGAGCUUAACGGAGCACAGCGAGGAGACUGGCUGCUGUGGGGAAAUAGAGAAGAGGAGUCACAGGAGGAGAAUACAGAGCAGAGAGUAAAUCCUGAGGAAGGGGAUGAAGCUUCCUGGAGGAGGGAGAGCACCCAUGACGAACUGGACGAUGGUGAUGGUAGAGGUGAUGACGACAAAAAACGGAACACCGUGGAGGAAACAAAUGACAAGACCACACAGGAGGAUGAUGAUGAAGAAGUAAACUGUGCACUUGAAGACAGUUGGGGGUUUCAGGAGUCUGCAGAUGGACUGGAGGGUGGAGACACCUGUGGACAAACAAGCAUCACCCGAGCAAACGGAGAGACCGGCGCUAACGUCACUGAUGCCGCCUGUGCUGAUCCCUCCACCUCCCUUGUGCUCUCCCUGGCUAAUCCUCCCCCCUCUCUGCCCCCCCUGGGAUCCAUGGCAACCGGCCUGCCCUGUCUGGAGGCAGAGGUUGAGGAGGAGGAGGAGGAGGAGGAGGAGGAGGAGGAGGAGGAGGAAGGGCUCAGAGGGACGGCGGAAGCUGGAGAAGGAGGCCAGGAAGGGAAGAGGAGGCACGGGAGAGAGCUGGAGCAGCAGGGCGAGGAGGAGAGGGGCUCCACCGUGGCCACUGAGGAGGGGAGGAAAGAGGAGGAGGAGGAGGAGGAGGAGGAGGAGGAAGAUGAGUUUGGAGUAUUCAUGCAGGCGGAGGGCGAACCGGCCUGGAGCGAGGGAUCCACCAUGUCUGCCUCAGUGCCUUGUGGGAGCAGAGAGAGUGUUGCACUUGGAAAGCACGCCAUCACCGGGGAGUCGACCCACUGGACACCAGGCUGGACGGAGAGCUCGUUCCACCAAUCAGACGACAGCUGGACAGCCUUUCCUCAGGUUUUGUCGGAUGAACGUCGGGACGUCGCGGGACAGUGGUGGCCGACCAGCGCUGUGGAGGAGAGCCGGGGCCGACUCCUGACCAAUCAGAACCUGGCGGCUGUCUUUGCAGAAGCCUUCCCCUCGCUGCCUGCUUCGUCCUCGAGUGACUCCUGUGACCUCGGCGCCGUUCCCACACUGACCCAGCUCCUCAGGGGCGAAGCCGGCCAGGACCAGGGCCUGUUGGACAGUUUCCACGACUUGAACAAAAUGAUUUGCCAGAGAUACAAGAGAGCCAGCGGCGUGUCUCGUGACCUCCUGCUGAAGACUUUACACCUGGAGCGGCCGCACGCUGAGAGCAGACCGGCUCCCCGGACAGUCAAUCGCCGCCUCUCCCCUGGCCUCCCCUCGGCCAAUCAGCACGCUCAGAACGCUGCCGCUAAGCGACGGCUGUCGUAUGACUACAACAGAAACGUCAUGGACCUGAGCCAGUGAGAAGACGUGACCUGGAUGAAAACGGAGCGACUCACUUCAGUUCACUUCACUGCUGUUGAUGUAAACUGGUGGAGUGUUUCCAUUACACGUAUGCCACCGUGUUCCCGCCAACAUCCUCCCAUCUCCAUCCUCCUUCUGGACCCCCUGACCACAGCAGGUUGUCAGGGAUUGUUUGGAGCGUGAUGACCUGCAGUUACAAGUUAUUUAUCAUCACGUUGUUCCUGUUAUUUUAUUAGCUGAGAGGAUUUACAUUGUACCUAAGUAGAAAUAAUUCUGUGUCACAGCUGCUGUUCUCACUGGGUUGAGACAAACUAAAAAACUGACUUGCAAGGAACUAACUCCGACAUAUAAAAGCAUAUAUAUCACAUGA